CCCCACCAAAACCAAAAUGGGUUUGAUCGAGUUUGAAGUUUGAACGUUUUUGAAGGCAAGAAAUAUUAUACUAAGAAAGGGAAAAGCUCGAAAGCAAACAAAAGAGUACAGAAUUUAGAUCCCAUUGCGGAAUGCAUGUUAAAAGUCAAAUACGGGUUGAGAGUCUUUGUAUGGGUCUGCCACUUUCUUGGUUUUACACUGUGUAGAUUCGCCGCUGUUUUUGUUUAAGGGAGAAAAAAAAGAAUUAAGGGGAAUUGAGGGAGAGCAAGAUUGUAUAGCAGUAGAAGCGCACGUAAGCGUGUAUAAGGGAAGAGAGGAAAAGGCCACAGGGUUUGUCGCUCCGUUGAUUCCGCUUGAAUUCUUGCUGGGAUUUUGAACCCCAUUAAGUGAUAAACCCUCCCCGCAAUUGCCGCACAUAAAAGAGGUUGAGAGAGAGGGAGAGAGAGAGGGAGAGAGAGAGUGAGAGGAGUUUUGUGAAAGAGAUGUUUCUUUCUUGAUUACAUAUAAAAGCGAAAGAUAGAAUCGUCAAUCAUCUAGUGAAUUGGCAUUGCUUUUUCGGAAACUAGGCUUGACUGGGGUCAAGAUUUAGCAUGUUCCGAUCUGGAUUCGUUUUAGUUUUACUGCUUUAAGGAGUAUGGUGGCGGCGGCGGCGGCGGCGGUGCUGGUGCUGGAGUGGUGACGUUUGUGUUGGCACGCUCUCAUGGGUUGCGUGUCGGCAAAGCAAGCGGUAUCGGUGACCCCUGCCGCACUGGAUCACUCCGGAGGGAUCAAUGGAGGGUCGGGUCGGAGCCGAGUGGGCAGCUGCGGCGGGGCCGGCGGUUUGGUGGCGGAGCUGGAGUUGAACUUGAAGAAAGUGAAGAAGAGGGGGGCCACUGAGUCGGGAAGCGAGAUGGGUGAGUCGGGACGGACGAGUUCGAACGGGUGUGGGAGUGAAUCUGUGAGUUUUAGGCUGGGGAACUUGCACAAGUAUGUGGAAGGGGAGCAAGUGGCGGCGGGUUGGCCGGCGUGGCUGAGCGCGGUGGCGGGUGAAGCCAUUCAGGGCUGGGUGCCGCUCAAAGCAGACUCUUUCGAGAAACUUGAAAAGAUUGGUCAGGGUACAUAUAGCACUGUGUUCAGAGCACGUGACUUGGAAACUGGGAGGAUAGUUGCUCUGAAGAAGGUUCGGUUUGACAAUUUUGAGCCUGAAAGUGUUCGAUUUAUGUGCCGGGAGAUAAUGAUUCUUCGCCGGCUUGAUCAUCCAAAUAUUAUAAAGUUGGAAGGAUUAAUUACAUCACGAUCUUCAUGCAACAUAUAUCUUGUGUUUGAGUAUAUGGAGCACGAUGUUGCCGGGCUAUUGUCUUCCCCAGAGAUCACUUUCACUGAAGCACAGGUGAAAUGCUACAUGAAGCAAUUGUUAUCUGGCCUUGAGCAUUGUCAUUCUCGAGGUGUAAUGCAUCGGGACAUUAAAGGUGCAAAUCUUUUAGUAGAUAAUGAAGGAGUUCUGAAGGUUGCCGAUUUUGGAUUAGCAAACUUCUCUACUUAUGGGCAUAGGCAACCUCUAACAAGUCGAGUAGUCACUUUAUGGUAUCGCCCUCCAGAACUACUACUGGGCGCUAAUGACUAUGGGGCAUCGGUGGAUCUGUGGAGUGUUGGGUGCUUGCUUGCUGAACUUCUGACUGGUAAACCCAUCCUUCAAGGGAGAACUGAGGUUGAACAGUUACACAAAAUAUUCAAACUUUGUGGAUCCCCUCCAGAGGAUUACUGGAAGAAAUCCAAACUUCCUCAUGCAACUUUGUUUAAACCACAGCAUCCUUAUAAGAGCUCUCUUUGGCAAACCUUUGAGCAUCUACCUGAAUCUGCUGUCACACUGAUAGAAACUCUCCUAUCUGUGGAACCAUACAAGAGGGGCACUGCUACUUCAGCCCUAACAUCAGAGUAUUUCAAGAUGAAGCCAUAUGCUUGUGAUCCAUCAAGCUUGCCAAAAUAUCCACCUAGUAAGGAGAUUGAUAUUAAACAUCAUGAAGAGGCCAGCAGGAAAAGGACUGGUGGAAGAUCACGUGGACCUGAAACAAGGAAGCCAGCUAGGAAGCAGAACGGAAUCAAUAAACUGGCCCCAGAAGAGAACUUGCCCCAUCAAAUGCAAGGUGAACGGAAAAUGAACAGACAUGGUGUCACUAAUCACAGAGGAGAUAGGGUCUUAGGUCAGGAGCCACCUAAGCCAUCAACAGGCUCUACCAAAGAGGCAUCUCAUGUGAAGAAUGCAUCUCAAGGUGAUGAUACAUAUUCAGGUCCUUUACAAGUUUCAGGAUCAAGUGGUUUUGCCUGGGCAAAGAAAAGGAUGAUUGAUUCAUCCUUAAGAUCGCGAAGUAGGUCUAGUUCUAGAAGUCUAAUAAUAGAACCUUCUGGUGCUUUGCAUUUGAGGAAUAACUUGGAUUCGAAGGGGGAAGAAAACUGUGAAGUUGUAAAUGGGCAGUUUGUGAAGACGAAAGGCCACGACUCCUAUGAAACCAUCAAGCGCUCGAUGCUCAAACAAUGGAGCCAAUUAGAGCGUCCGGAUUCUUUUGAUGCUUCAGAUGGAUACCAUUCUCAGGAACUGUCAAUGGCGCUCUAUCAUAAAGAGGAAGCGGCUGCUAAGAGAAUCAACGUGGUUUAUCAUGAUCAAGGGGAGAAGGUUGACUUUUCAGGACCCUUGCUAUCUCAAUCGCAAAGAAUUGAUGAACUCUUGGAAAAGCACGAGCGUCACAUCCGCCAGGCAGUUCGAAGGUCAUGGUUCCAGAGAGGUAAGUAAAGAGAAACGGGAGGUAACUCCAUGGUUGCUAUUUCCAAGCACAGUAGACCUGGAGAUGAAAGUCAGCUCAAUGAGUUGCCAUUGCACAAAGCUUAUGGUCCUAAAGAAGGAUUAAGCUCUAUGUUGACUAACAAGCAUAAGGAGUAUGAUGACCAGCGAGGUUAUUGAACGCCUCGUCUUUUUGAGUUAGACGCAACAAUCCCAUGAAAAACCAACUAGGCCUCCAGCCAAGACGAAGAAAGGGCUGAUACUUGUUCGUUCCUUUUUCCUUCUUUCUAUGAUAAACUUAUAAAUUUCAGCCACAAUCUAUUACUAUCAUUUUUCAUCUCUUGAGUUAGAUUUUCCAUCGGCAUUCAAAUGUUUCUUUCUCAACCACUCACUUGAUGUACAGGGAAUUUGUGAAAACUCCUCAAAUAGUUGUGUAAAUGUUCCAUCCUCAUUUGGUUUUUGCAUCCAUCUGCACGUAUCCAUUUUCGUGGUUC